CUUUACGAGUUUAAUAAUUUUGUUCAAAUCGAAUGUAGAAAAAAUGAGUAAGAAAAUGAGUUCUUCGACCAAAGUUCGGUCUAAGCCAAAUCUAAGAGACGAAAAGAUUACUGAUUUGGCUGCAAAGAUCGAUGAGACAGAUGAGAUGAAGCUCAAAAUGUUAGCGGCCCUUGAUAAGCCGGAAUCUGAUGAUGUUUUAUAUCCUCCGGAGUUGAAUGCUCAUUUAAUUGAGCAAUUAAAGGUUAUGACAUGCGAGAACAAUCAACUACGCAAAUGCGUCUUUACUAAAGACGAAGAGAUUAAAGAAUUGAAUAAAACUGUGACUGAUUUAAACCAGCGCAUCCGCGAUAUCAUAUCUGGCACAGGCCCAGCCAUAUCCUCAAAAUCCGCUGGAAUUAUCAGCUCUAAAAUAACUGAACUGUGCAAGCAAAACCGCCAUUUGGUCGCAGAAGUAGAAGGCUACAAAACAAAAAAUUCAGCCCUUGAAAGGAAAAUCAUGCAACUAGACUUGAUUAACAAAGAAAAUGAGAAAUUAGACAUGUGUCUGUGUAAAGAAGAACCGCCGGACACAACCUCUGAUGAACUGAAAGAUCUUAAUAAUAAACUGAAUGCGGUGAAUAAAAAGUUAUACGAUAGUAAGAAUAGAAAUUUAGAAUUGAAGAACGAUAUCCUCAUUGCUACAAAAAUUCUACAGCAAGAACUUGGGGAUAAGUUUACAAGUAUCAAAGAACUGCAGAAUGAUUUGGCUGGCUGGAAAGGUAGGGCACAGCAAAUAGUAUUGUUGCAAGCGAGAAUUAGCGAGCUGGAAGAGAAGCUGAAUGGAAAGCACAAGGAUUUGAUUGAUGCUAAGAGAAAGGAUCAAACUCAGAUUAUACGAGAAAUAGAAAAUAAAAGAAAGAAAGAGAUGGAAAUGUCGAUGAAAGAGCUCGAGUGUCUAAAAGAGGAAAAUCACGACAUAAAAAAGAAGUUGGAUGGAGCUAAAUGCAGAAUCAGGAAUCUAGAAUGUGAUGCAAUCACCAUUAGACAAAAAAUGCAAACAUUGGUGGAAAAAAGCAAUCAUGAUGAUUUGUUGAUUACUGAACAAAGAAACCAAAUCAAAAGCCUAGAAUUAUAUUAUCAAGAAAUACUCAAAGAAAACACAGCAAAAAUGAACAAAAUGAACAGUGAAAUGGCUGAGUAUCAGAAACUGAUGAAAAAUACUGACGCCAAAAUAGAUGCUCUCAGGAAACAAGCGACUGAGAAAUCAGCCAAAAUUGACGAACUGAGAGCUCAACUGUUGAGGUACGAAGAGUGUUCACUACAAAGUGUCUUCUUUACACCUAUGAAGACUGCCACUGACAACGAAAUUAAGAAGUUGUCUGAAUUGGUGGUCGUUCUUAAUGAGAGGCUAGAUGCUGAGCGUCACAAAUGGGAAGAGCUUGAGAUCACUCAACGAAAACUUAAAGAGAAGAAGCGCAGGCUAGAAAGACGAGUUGCUGCUCUUGAUGAAGAAGUAAAGACAUUGAGAGAGUCCAAAAGAGCAUCAAGAGUUUCAAAAACUUCUGUGGCUAAAGAACAGCAGUAUGAAUUUGGUAUGACAUCAACUUCUGUCACAAAAAAGCAUUCUUCUAUCACUGCUGUUGCCGAGAAACCCAGCGAGUCUUCAUCUGAAUCCCAACCAGUCGACUACGAUUCAUUGGAUAAAGAGGAUCUAAAAUACAAGCUCGAACUAUCAGAAGAAAAACUUAAGAUCAUGGAAGAUAAACUAAAGAUGAUUGAAGAAGAGAAGCAAGAAGAUUACAAUCAUCUAACGGAUAUGAUUCAAACUUCGAAGCAAUUGUUUAACGAAGCGUUGGCUGUUUUACAAAGAGAGAAAUGUCUUUGUUCGUAG